AUGAGCUCUGGACAGAAGCAGGGACCACGAGCACCGGCGGCGGCCCUCGCGCCGGGCUUCCGGUUCCACCCCACGGACGAGGAGCUCGUCGGGUACUACCUGAAGCGGAAGAUCUCCGGGAAGCCGUUCCGCGUGGAUGCCAUCUCCGACGUCGACCUGUACAAGUCGGAGCCAUGGGACCUCCCUGGGAAGUCCCGGAUCCAGAGCAGGGACAUGGAGUGGUACUUCUUCAGCGCUCUGGACAAGAAGUACGCCAAUCGCUCCCGCACCAACCGAGCGACGGGAUCGGGCUACUGGAAGACCACCGGCAAGGACCGCCCCAUCUUCCGCGGGGGCCGCCCCACCGGGAUGAAGAAGACGCUGGUCUUUCACAUCGGCCGCGCCCCCAAGGGCGAGCGCACCAACUGGGUCAUGCACGAGUACCGCCUCGAGGACGAUGAGCUCGCCCGCGCCGGAAUCGCCCAGGUCAGUCGGUCCCUCUGAAUCUUCCCCCGUCCUCGUUUUGGAGGUGUGGAUAAUUCAUCCUCGUUUUGCCCUAAUUUGGUUUGGUCUCAAUCCGCAGGAUGCGUUCGUCGUCUGCCGGGUGUUCCACAAGAAAGGGCCUGGCCCCCAGAACGGCGCGCAGUACGGGGCGCCCUUCGUGGAGGAGGAGUGGGAAGGGGACGGGGGGGAGCCCGUCGUUGAGGAGGACGACGGAGAGGUCACCUUGAAGCUCAUCGAUGCUCCCCUGGUCGCGGACAUGGAUGAAUUCGAGCAGGUCGGUGUCCUAUUCCCAUCACAAUUUUAG